AUGACGGGACGCAAUCAAGAUCCGGAGAAGUCAGGUUACAGCUGCGCGGGGUGCCUACGACCGGACGGUGCCGAAGCGGAGAUGGUUUUCUGCGAUCAUUGUCAGAGAUGGUACCAUUUCGGAUGUGCUGGAGUGACGGCUGAGGUAAGAGAUGUUUCAUGGUCGUGUGAUGAGUGCCUGAAGUGUGCUGAGACUGGGAAUAGGCAAGUUAACGUCUGUUCAGAGAUGCAGAAGCUCGAAAAGGAGAUGGAGGAGGAGAGGCAGGCUUUGGAACUCGAGAAGCUUCUGCACAAGAAGAAACUGGAGCAUCAGCGAAAGAUGUUCAUGUUACGUCAAGAGGCCGAAAAGGAAAAACGUGAGAUGGAGUUAGUUUUCGAAAAGGAGCAGCUGGAAAAGGAGUUGGAAGAGAAAGAGGCUCACCGGAAGAGGCGCGACCAAGUACUGAAGGAAGUGCAGGACAAGUUGAAGCAGGUGGAGCUACUGGAGGAAGGAUCGGAACUGGAUGAAGGCGGUGAUGAAGCAGUGGAAGAUGGAAGCAAGAAGAAUACGAAGAAGAAAGUGAAUGUGAGGGAUGCUAGGUUGGAGAAUGUAAAGCCAGGAAAUGAAAUGCCCGAUAAGAAGUCGGGGAACCCAAGCCUGGGGAAAGUAGGUCCAACCGAUGCAAACCAACGAGACUUUCGGGGAGCGUAUAGCAAGUUUUCGACACCCAAGGCGGCUACCAGCGCGCCGGCGCUACAUGAUUUUUCGAUAGUUCCGGACAGAAGCAAUAAUGUAACUCCAACCGGACAUCCGGCUUUGCUCAAGAAGAAGAGGAUCCAGCGAUUGAGUGAGGUAGAAGUGAGCCAAGCGGAAGAGAGGGAUAGUACAUCCGAAGUAGAGGACGAAGAAGAUUCGGAGGAAUCCAUGUCGGAGGAAAGUUCGUCGGAAGAGGAGAGAGUUUCGGCACGCCGCCCAGUUGAAGUUCGCCAUCGUCCUACCAAAGCUCAGCUGUCGGCCAGACAAUUUCUAUCCAAGAAGCUGCCAAUCUUCUCUGGAAAGUUAGAGGAGUGGCCUAUGUUCGUCAGCGCAUACGAGACGUCGAAUGAAGCGUGCGGAUUCUCAAACGUUGAGAAAUUGGCCCGGUUGCAAGAGUGCUUAAAGGGUCCAGCAUUAGAAGCGGUCCGAAGUAGGCUGAUGCUCCCGAAGUCGGUCCCACAGAUCAUCGAAACAUUGAGGAUGCUAUACGGGCGGCCUGAGCAACUUCUGAAUAUGCUGCUGACGAGGGUCAGAAAGGCACCGUCACCGAAAGCGGAUAAAUUAGUCACUUUCAUUCCGUUCGGUGUAAUUGUCCAGCAGCUUGCCGACCACCUGGAAGCGACGAAUCUUACCAGCCUCCUGGUGAACCCGAUGCUGAUUCAGGAGCUAACGGACAAGCUGCCCGCUAACACACAAUUAGAGUGGGUACGGUAUCGUAGAAAGUCGCGGGUGGUUACUAUUCGAACUUUAGCCAAUUUUCUUGCGAGGAUAGUGAAGGAUGCCAGUGAAAUUACUUCAUAUGGCGAUACCGGUAUUGCGGCGGCUGAUCAAGAGUUCCGGAAAGGGAAGGGUCGAAAAGAGGAAGGGUUCCUACACACGCAUGGUGCUGAAGUGAACAGCGAGCGGCACCCGCCGUCAGUGGUACACCAGAAGAGCAAGAAGCCUUGUCGGAUUUGUGGUCGGGUUGACCAUAGAAUCCGAAAUUGUGACACUUUCCGGCGACUUCGUUUGUCGGAUAGAUGGGAAGCAGUGCGAAAGUGGAGGCUGUGUUACCUCUGUUUGAACGAGCAUGGAGGCGACCGAUGUAAGUUGAAUAUCCGCUGUAACGUUGGACAGUGCAAUGAACCGCAUCAUCCACUACUGCACAUCGACCAGCCGGUGACCUACACCUCCAAUUGCAAUGUUCAGGCUGUCCAGCGGAUGCAGUCAGUGAUUUUCCGCAUGAUUCCCGUGACCCUGUAUAACGGUACGUGUGCCGUAGACACCAUAGCCUUCUUGGACGAGGGGUCGUCUUAUACUCUGGUCGAGAGGUCGCUAGCAAGCGCCCUGCAAGUAAAAGGAAUAACCCAACCGCUCCGAGUGACAUGGACCGCAGGAGUAACACGACUGGAAGAGGAUUCGCAGAGAGUGGAGUUGUUCAUUUCCGCUAAAGGAUCGACCCACAAGUUCCGGAUUUUGGCAGCGCACACGGUGAACAGUCUAAAGUUACCGCAGCAGACGGUAGUUAUGUCGGAGAUAAUCCGCGAACACGCUCAUCUUCGUGGAUUACCAGUGAAGGACGUCCAUGGAAGAGUGCCGCAAAUUCUUAUAGGACUAAGAGACAUUCACCUCUACGCUCCCAUUGAAUCUAGAAUCGGUAGGCCACAUGAACCUAUCGCCGUUAAAUCGAAGCUGGGUUGGACAGUUUACGGGCCAAGCAAUGCAAGACAGUUGGAGACAGGGAUUGUAGGGCACCAUCACGGAGAAGCGAUUUCGAAUGAAGAACUACACGAUUUGUUACGCAGUCAAUAUACGCUGGAGGAAUCCACUAUUUCCGUAGCGCUCCUACCAGAAUCCAACGAGGACAGGAGGGCGAAGGAAAUUCUCAACAGUACAACCUUGCGGGUCGGAGAACGUUUUGAGACGGGGCUGCUGUGGAGGGAAGAUGAUCCAAAGUUUCCUGACAGUUUUCCAAUGGCAGUCAAACGGUUUCGAUGCUUGGAAAGGCGAUUGGAAAAGGAUAGCAAGCUGUAUGCGAAGGUAAGAGAAUUGAUAGCCGACUAUACGAGGAAGGAGUACAUUCACGUGGCGUCGAAGGCAGAGCUGGCAGAGUACAAAUCAGACCAGGUGUGGUACCUUCCGCUGAGCGUUGUGGUUCAUCCGAAGAAACCAGAGAAGGUACGUCUAGUGUGGGACGCGGCGGCAGCCGUGAACGGAGUCUCGCUGAAUUCGAAGCUUCUGAAGGGUCCAGAUAUGCUGACACCGCUUCCGAACGUGCUGUGUAAGUUUCGCGAAAAGGAAGUGGGGUUCGGUGGCGAUAUUAGAGAGAUGUAUCUCCAACUGAAGGUGCGCAAAGCAGACAAAAGAGCUCGUUUCGUCUAUCGCCAAAAUCCGCAGGAAGAUCUCGCUGUGUACGUUAUUGACGUGACAAUGUUCGGUGCGACAAGCUCACCGUGUUCGGCCCAAUUUGUUAAAAACCUAAAUGCAAGAGAGUAUGCAGCGCAGUUUCCGGAAGCAGCCAGAGCUAUCGAAGACAACCAUUAUGUCGACGAUUACUUUGAUAGUACGGACACGAUCGACGAAGCAGUUAUACGAGCGAAGGAAGUGCGGUUCGUGCACUCUAAGGCUGGAUUCGAAAUUCGCAACUGGGUGUCGAACUCCAGUGAAUUCCUAGAGAGCAUGGGAGAAAUCCAGAAUGGCGAGUGUAUGCAAAUAACGUCGAACAAAGAGAAACCGUUGGAGCGAGUUUUGGGAAUAUCGUGGAGUCCGCAGGGAGACGAGUUCGCGUUCUCCAAGAACUUCCGUGAGGAUCUAGUUCCGUACCUAUCGGGAGCACAACGGCCGUCCAAAAGGAUUGUAAUGAGCUGUGUUAUGAGCCUGUUUGACCCGCUAGGGCUGCUAGCACCCUUCAUCAUUCUUGGGAAAAUGCUAGUCCAAGAUAUCUGGCGCAGUGGCAGUGAUUGGGAUCAACCGAUCGACAACGAAAGCUACGAAAAAUGGCUGCGAUGGAUCGAACGCCUUCCGGAGAUCGAGAAAGUUAGAACUCCACGGUAUUAUUUCCGGCAGUCAACGUGCAUCGAUUUAAGCAGUCUACAGCUUCACGUUCUAGUCGAUGCCAGCAAGGACGCGUACGGCGCAGCCGCGUAUUUUCGAGUCCUGACGGAUAAAGGUCCAAUCUGUUCAUUGGUGACGGCAAGAUCCAAAGUGGCUCCGUUGAAGCUAUUAUCGAUACCCCGCCUGGAAUUACAAGCGGCCGUCGUUGGAUCAAGGUUGAUGCAUUCGGUGAUAGAGGCGCAUUCGUUGGAGGUGACACAACGGUUCAUUUGGUCGGAUUCAAGGACGGUGAUUUCCUGGAUACAGUCAGAGCAACGAAAGUAUAAACCGUUCGUAGCGUUCAGGAUUGGCGAGAUCCUGAGUCUAACCAAACAUAGUGGGUGGCGCUGGAUUUCUACUACAAGCAACGUUGCAGACGACCUCACUAAGUGGAAGAAGAGAAGUAGUUUGAAGUCGAACAGUACGUGGUUCCAUGGUCCAGAUUUUCUGUACCAACCAGAAGAACAGUGGCUGCAGCAGGAUACGGUAGAACCAAAUACCCUUGAGGAAGUCCGUACGUGUCAUUUGGUCCAUGAUGUCUCAGUCGUGCAGUCGGUGAUUGAUUCCAAGAGAUUUUCGGUUUGGAACGUGCUAGUGAGAACAGUAGCCUGUGUCUACCGAUUCAGCUCCAAUUGCAAGAGGAAGAGAGACGGUUUGCCAAUCGAAGCGUUGCCAGCCUCAUCGAGAGUGAAGAAGUGUGUGAAGAAGAGUAUACCAGCUGUGACAGUGCCGCUUCAGAGGGAGGAAUAUCAGCGGGCCGAAGCCUACCUAUGGCGGACGGCGCAAUCAGAAGUUUUCGAGGAAGAGAUAAAGCUGUUGACGAAGAACCGGGACCUGGAUAUCACCGAGUGGCAUUCUUUGGAGAGAAGUAGCAGUUUGUUCAAUGUUAGUCCAUUUUUGGAUGAACAGGACGUGCUACGCAUGGAUGGUAGAACCGCCGAAGCAUCGUCGCUGCCCUUUGAAUUGCGAUUCCCCGUAAUUUUGCCGAAGAAACACCUGAUCACGACUAAAGUUUUGGAGCACUACCAUCGCAAAGCGGCGCACGCAAAUGCGGAGACAGCUGUCAAUGAAGUUCGCCAGCGUUUCUGGAUUCCGAAUUUGAGGGCCGCACUAAAAACAGUUGCUAAAGACUGUGUUUGGUGCAAAGUUAAAAAGUGCAAGCCUAACUUCCCGAGAAUGGCCCCGCUGCCGUUAGCUCGCAUUACUCCAGGCUUGCAACCAUUCGGCUUUACAGGAGUGGACUAUUGCGGUCCCAUCAACGUUACUGUCGGACGUAGAACGGAGAAGCGAUGGAUUUGCCUCUUUACAUGUCUGACUACAAGAGCAGUUCAUCUGGAGGUUGUACAUAGCCUGACAACCCAAGGGUGUUUGAUGGCUAUCAGGCGAUUCAUUUGUCGUAGAGGCAAGCCGAUUGAAUUUUUUUCGGAUAAUGGCACGAAUUUCAAGGGCGCGAGCAAGCAGAUAGUGCAGGAGAUCGAAGGAGAAUGUGAAGAUGCGUUAACGGAUUCCAGGACCCGCUGGAAUUUUAAUCCACCGAGUGCACCGCACAUGGGUGGCGUCUGGGAGAGACUGGUGCGAUCCGUAAAGGCGGCUUUAGGGGUAUUCAACGAUGGAAGGAGAUUGACGGACGAAGUAUUGUUGACGACCUUGGCGGAGGCGGAGGAUUUGAUCAACUCUCGGCCCUUGACGUACGCGGGGACCAGUGCAGAUGCAAGCGAGGCGCUUACGCCGAACCACUUUAUCAGGGGCGUAGGAACAACCUGGAAGGAAGACUUGAAGCCAAAAAUCAAUGAAGCAGAAGCACUACGUGAUUCUUUCAAGCGAUCCCAAGCGUUAGCAGAUUUGCUGUGGAAGAGAUGGACUGCGGAAUAUCUUCCUACAAUCAACCAGCGAUCGAAAUGGCACGUGGAAGCACAACAAAUCAGCCGUGGCGAUUUAGUGUAUGUAGCAGAUGAGAACGUGAGGAAGCAUUGGAUACGAGGCGAAGUAGUCGAAGUUUACCCUGGAGCGGACGGAAGGAUACGACAGGCGUUGGUGCGAACGGGAAGAGGGGAUUUCAGGCGCCCAGUGGUCAAGCUGGCGGUGCUGGAAGUUCAGAACAGUAAAUCUGGAUCGUCGGAACCGUCGCCAGAAUUACGGGGAGGGGGUGUGUUAGCACCUUCGACCACCGUGCAUACACCUUGCAGACGAACGUACCUGCAGGGUGAGAAGGACCUUGUUACCGAACGUCAGAUGCAGAGCGAAUGA